AUGGCCGACGCAGCUCCAGCUCCCGAAGAGCCCAAGAUCUCUAAGCGCGCAGCCGAGAAGGCGGCCAAAAAGGCUGCUGCAAAGGCCGCAAAGGAAAAGCACAGAGAAGCCGCUCCUGCCAAACAGCCCGCAGCAGCCACGCCUGCUGCCCCUGCCGACCCCAACGCCAACUUCAAGCAAGGCUGGUUGAAGGGCGUCUACAACGAGAAGCCCGUCCAGGACGUCCAGACCCGAUUCCCUCCCGAGCCCAAUGGCUACCUCCACAUCGGCCACGCAAAGGCCAUCACAGUCAACUUCGGUUUCGCCAGAGCUUACGGCGGCAAGUGCAACCUUCGCUUCGAUGACACCAACCCUGCCAAGGAGGAGGAGCGCUACUUCACCAGCAUCAAGGAUAUGGUCAGCUGGCUUGGCUUCGAGCCUGCCAACAUCACCUACAGCAGCGAUAACUUCGAUGAGCUGUACCGUCUGGCCGAGGAACUCAUCAACCGCAACAAGGCCUACGUCUGCCACUGUACUGCCGAGGAGGUCCAGAAGGGAAGAGGAGGUUCUGAUCAUGGUCCACGUUCCGUCUGUAGCCACUGGAGCAGACCUGUUGAUGAGUCUCUGGAAGAGUUCCGUGCUAUGAGAGAUGGUAAAUACAAGGCCGGCCAGGCUCUUUUGCGCAUGAAGCAGUACCUCGGUACCAAGCCCGAGGAAUACGCCACAUUGGCCGAAAACCCUUCCAUGUGGGACGUCGCCGCCUACAGAGUCAAGGACCAGAACUACCACCACCGCACCGGCCACAAAUGGAGAAUCUACCCCACCUACGAAUUUACCCACUGUCUGUGUGAUAGCUUCGAGGGCAUCACCCAUUCUUUGUGCACUGUUGAGUUCGAGACUCUCCGUCCUGCUUACAACUGGCUCCUAGAGGCCCUUGACCACAAGAUUCCUGCCUCUGAAGAAAAGGGUCCCAUGCAGCGCGAAUAUGGCAGACUCAACGUCGAGGGUACCAUCCUUUCCAAACGUAGAAUCCAGAUGCUGCCUGUCUCAGGCACACAGACGAUUCCUCCUGUUGUCCGUGGCUGGGAUGACCCCCGUCUUUUCACCCUUGUCGCUUUGCGCCGUCGCGGUGUUCCUCCUGGCGCCCUGAAGAAGUUCGUUCUGGACCUCGGUGUGACCAAGGCCAACGCCGACACCAAGAUGCACAUGCUGGACGCUUCAAUCCGCACCUACCUCGAGCGCACUGUGCCACGCUUGAUUGUUGUUCUCGAUCCCAUCAAGGUGGUCAUCGACAACCUUUCCGAAGACUACCUCGAGGAGCGUGACGUGCCUUUCGAUCCUAAGGACAAGGAGAAGGGCAUGCACAAGCUUCCUUUCACCAAGACCAUCUACAUUGACCGCGACGACUUCCGUGAGGUCGAUGAUCCUGACUUCUUCCGUCUCGCCCCUGGCAAGUCUGUCGGUCUACUCUAUGUUGAUCACCCUCUCCGCUGUAAGUCAUUCACAAAGGGCGAGGAUGGUAAGGUCAAUGAGAUUCGUGCCGAGUAUGGUGCCGAUGUACCUGCAGGCAAGGCUCGCAUCCACUGGAUUGGUGAGUCGGCAGCUCACAAGUCGCCGAUCAAGGCCGAGGCUCGCAUCUUCAACUCGCUCUUCAAGAACCCCCGUCCCAACGAGCUCGACUGGAAGAAGGGUGGAUACUAUGAGAACGUGAACCCCGAUAGCGAGAUCGUGCAUAAGAAUGCCAUGAUUGAGGCUGGCUUCCUUGACAUUCAGCAGCGUGCACCAUGGCCUAAGGAAGAGGGCGAGGCCAAGGGCAACACCGGCCCUGAAGCUGUACGCUUCCAGGGUUUGCGUACCGCUUACUUCUGUGUCGACAAGGACAGCUCUGCUGACAACAUCAUCUUGAACCGUAUUGUCAGCUUGAAGGAGGAUACCAGCAAGAAGUAA